UGAACGUGAAUUAAAAACAUUCUUUCCUUUCGGUUUCUAAAUUAAACAAGGAAUAAGAGCAGUAGACAAAAGUUAAAUAUUUAAACACAACAAAAGAAAAGAAAUUGAUUGUUUCAAACGAAAGAUUCUUUAAAGAAAAGCGAAGAAUGAAGAAAUGUUCGAAAUGAGUUUGUAAACAGUGCAAGUCGUGACAACAAGGAAAGACAUUCUAAACCACAAAUUAUUCAUUGAAAUAGGAAUAAAUAAUCUUAAACUUGGAUUAACAUCUGAUAGUCCCAGCCCAAGACUCCAUCAGCACACUCUCUGAGAGCUGCGCUAAUAUUAUGAGAAAAGAGAGAUGGUUGGGCAUUUUUGCUCUGGCAUUCAUCAUCACGAUCACCACCAAAGAAUGCUUCGGUCAAUCGGAAUCGUUGCUUCGUGUCGGCAAAUCCAUUAAUGUGUUCAUACGCUACGGCUAUUUGUCGAUAUCAAUGAAAGUCAUUUCGUACAAUGACACUGAACGAUGGAUCUUUAAAGAGCCAACGAGAAAUAUUUUUCAGGGUCUCUCGGUUCUCGAGACCGCCGAAAACAAUCCUAAAGGCGGCUUUAUGGGUGACUUUCACAUGGAGUUCUGUGAUAAUAAACAGCAAUUGUUUCAAGCAUACUUUAGAGAGUUUCAGAUUGAAGAUAUGGCAAGUCCAUGGAAAGCAUUCACAGAUGGUUGGCAUGCUGAAAUAACUGCAAAGAAAUUAGGAAUAAAUUCUUCUUACAUUAUCGGUGAUUACAGUUAUGUUUUGGUGAGAGUGUCGCGGUUUCGUGAACGUGCAAGAUUACAACGACCAAUUCCACCGAAUCAAUUGAUCGAUCCGAGUGUCGCUGCGAAAAUCAACAACGUCACUGAUGGUGACACGGUGUCAGUGUUGGAGUUUAUGAAGAAAUUUGGAACGCACUACAUCAAUAGUUAUGUUACCGGAAAUUCGCUUUAUCAGGUUUUUGUGUUUAACAAAAGAAAUUACGGGCACAUUAAAGAGAGACUGAAAUCCCGAGGUGUUCUCUCACUUUCCAAGAGCGAUCUUUACAAUUUCUUUGCGCCAUGGUUUGCUGAACAUUUAGGAUCAGUGAGAUGUUCAAGUGGCAAUUCAACAGUUGAACGAUGGGCACAAAGGAAAUUAAAGCUUAGUUAUUAUCUCUUCACGUACAACAGUCUUUUGAAGCUUCAUGGUUCAAGUUCAUUAUUAAAAGCACUCGAUGAACUUUUAGGCAAUGAAGCGAUCCUUCAACUUGAACUUAAGUCACUUAAAGUUGCUUUUAAAGAUCCAGAUAAAAGAAAAUGGUAUGAGAUUGUGUUGGAUAAUACAAUUAAAUUGUGGGAAGUGAACAUGUCGUAGUUUUAACUUCCAUUAAAAGACUGUAAAUAUUUUUAAAACUUUUAACAAUAUUUUUAAGAAGAUUUUAGGUUUCUAUUCAAUUUGAAAGCUCAUUUAAUUCUUGGAAGUCUUUUUUCUAUCUUUAAUCAAAACUCAAAAGUUUCUUUAUUGAUUUGGAAAUCUUAAAAAUUCAUUAAUCUGAAAACUUUUCCUUUUCGUUCUUCGUGUGCCAAGUUCCUGAGCUUUCAAAUUUCUCCUUCUUUCUCUUCACAUCUGUGAUAAACAAGAAUCCAUUAGAAUUUAAGUUGAUUUAAUAAUAAAAGAAAUAUUUAUAAUCAGCUGUAAAAUGCUAAGAGAUAAAUAAGAAAUAAAAUGAAAAUUACAAUAAAUAAAAACAAACGUUUCUCGUU